AUGAGCGUCCCGGACUACAUGCAGUGCGCCGAGGACCACCAGACGCUGCUCGUGGUGGUGCAGCCCGUGGGGGUGGUCUCGGAAGAGAACUUCUUCCGGAUCUACAAGAGGAUCUGCUCCGUGAGCCAGAUCAGCGUGCGGGACUCGCAGCGCAUGCUGUACAUCCGCUACCGGCACCACUACCCGCCCGAGAACAACGAGUGGGGCGACUUCCAGACCCACCGCAAGGUCGUGGGCCUCGUCACCGUCACCGACUGCCGCGCGGCCAAGGACUGGCCGCAGACCCUGGAGAAGUUCCACGUGCAGAAGGAGAUCUACGGCUCCACGCUCUACGACUCCCGGCUCUUCGUCUUCGGGCUGCAGGGCGAGGUCGCCGAGCAGCCGCGCACCGACGUGGCCUUCUACCCCAGCUACGAGGCCUGCCCGGGCGUGGAGAAGCGCAUUGAGGACUUCAUCGAGUCGCUCUUCAUCGUGCUGGAGUCCAAGCGCCUGGACCGGGCCACCGACAAGUCUGGGGACAAGGUCCCCCUGCUCUGCGUCCCUUUCGAGAAGAAGGACUUUGUCGGCCUGGACACGGACAGCAGGGGCCCUCACCACCAACGGCAUAAACCCCGACACCAGCGCCGAGAUCGGCCGCGCCAAGAACUGCCUGAGCCCCGAGGACAUCAUCGAGAAGUACAAGGAGGCCAUCUCCUACUACGGCAAGUACAAGAAUGCGGGAGUGAUUGA